AUGGCUGAAAAACGUCGUCGCCGUGAGCAUCAAAAUAUCGCAAGUGGAGGUUCAUCAUCAACAGGAGCGCCACGAUCAGAUUCAUCACCAAGUUUUCUCAAUUCUAUUGACACACUUGGCGCACAACCAAUAUCUCUUUAUGCUCCGUCAUCAUCACACCGACCACUCGGUACUCGUUCUCCUCAUGUGUCCUUACCAAUAUCGAGCAAAGUCAAUGCUCCUGAUGGUUCUGCCACUGGAUGCGUUGGAGGUAAACCAAUCGCGUACAUACCAAAAGCGUCGCAAGAUGAAGGAAGAAAGGGCAAGGAUCAUAAGCCGGGAACCACUUCCAAGUCAGCCCGAGCAAGCUCACCCACCCUUUCACUUGACAACAAACCUCAAGAUACAGGACCACUGCAUAAUCUCAGGUAUUUAAAGUGGUAUAUGGGACCUCGAUCCAAUACCGAAAAUCUUGAGCCUCGUGAGAGACAAGCUCAACAACACCUCCGAGGUCGUCUCAAUAGAGCUGCACUUUGUAUAAACACUCACUUUCCUAAAGAAGAUGAGGAAACCUCCAUUAAAAGCACCCAUCAGAGAAUUGACUCUUCCAAGCCAAGCAAAAUCAAAGAGCCCUCUUCUAGCAAUAAGAUCCAGGAUUCGACCGCAAAAUCCGCUCCGACAACCAAGCCGACUUUGACUACAAAGCCAAGUUUGACUACGAGGACCACUUCUAACGAUAAGAAUCAAGAUUCGACCACAAAGCCUGCUUUGACAACAAAGUCAAGUUUAACUGCGAAGCCCACUGCAACUCUCAAGCUUGACCCUCCGCAAAAGUUUCAGAAUUUACCUUUGAAGCAGAACUAUCAAAUGUCAGAAAAGUCUCAUCGUCAAACACAGAAGCCAAUAAAGGUUGAUACAUUAUCAGAGAAGCUCCAAGGUAAUGCUUCAACCCCUAGUUCCGAGACAUCACUUGCUACAAAGUAUUAUCGAGAAUUAUAUCUACCUUCAAUUGGACAAACUUCAUGCGUUAAUAAAAUGAAAGAACCUGUCGGGCCGGCAUUGCAAUCAUCAGCCCCAAAGAUGGGAUCUUCUCUCUCAGCUCCAAGAGGUUUGUCGUCAACACCGACAUCCGCUCCUGCUCUAGCAGAAGCAAAAUGUGGACCUGUGCUUGCAGCAAGCCAUCCGUCUGUGACUGACCCCAAAGACAAUGGAUCAUUCCAAACUCCUGGUGCUGUACCGUAUAAUUUGACUCCUUCUCCUCCUGACAGUGGACAAGAAAGUGAUUACUGUGGGCCAUACGGUGGACGGUCGACCUCUCCCUCUGACCAUGGUUUCAAUGUUGUUGCUGAGUCUCCCACGGCUCUGGAACUCGGACCGACUUCAGUUCCGGCCAAUGAAAAGACUCCAACUCAGGAAACUAAAGCGGCGUCUCCAGCUACCGAAGAACAUAGUCCCGACAGGCGAAAUUCGAUCGAUACAAAGAUGCAGAACACGGGAGAUAUAGCACAGUCUCCGAAGGUUGUAAACCACGCAACUUCUGCAAAUUUUGAAACUGAGAGACCAGGAUCGCACAUUCUGGCCGACGAGGAGAUGCAAGAUUUGAUCGAUUUGACGGAACCAAACGUGAUCACUGGCGCAGCUUCUCUGGCCUUCAAGAACCCCACCGCACACACUCAAUCCGACGAAGAAAUGUGGAACGCGAUUGAUUUGACCGGAGAGAAAGAAAUGCGGGAUGCAAUUGAUUUGACUGGAGAAGAUGAAGAGGUACAGAAAUCAAUUGAGCAGGACGAAGAUAUGCCGGAUUUGAUGGAAGAUAAGCAGAGCCAUGUUGAGUGCCGCCCAGGCAAAGCAAAUCAUAUGGGUUCUUCAAUCUUCAGACCCGCCGAUUCCACGGAAUCAGAGAUAGGAUCUGAGCCAGAGCCAGAAGCUGAAGCUGAGGUUGUGCAGCGAAAAUUUGAAGAGCAGGCUACAAUCGAUCUAACCCUGUCCCGAUCACCUACACCCAAGCUCGACGAUUUGCCACGGCAUAUCAAUCAAAUCAGUGCUGGCCUUGCCUCCUCCAGAAUCAAUAAAGUCGUCGCGGGAAAAAACAGAGUUUAUGCACAUGAAAAUCGUUACCAUAAUAGUGAUGGGCGCGCCCCCUCUGCAGACCUUGUCGGAUCUAAGCCAAACGACAAGGUUCAAAUUGAUAAUUCCAUCAAAGACGAAUUCGUUGACAAUCAAAAUGAAUUACAAGUGAUUGCAUCCCCAGAGGAAAAUGGACAAAGCAGCAAACUUGCAAACGACGAACUUCCAAGAAAAAGUUCCGGCCGCAACCAGAGAAUUCCUUUACAAUCAAAAUCAUCUACUAAGCAUGUUGGUGUCGUUCAAUCCCCUGAAACUGAUGACUCCGUUGAGGCUAGUGCAUCUUCUCAGGGCGACGCAAUGGAAAUUGAUGAAUGUACUGAGAUUGGCACACCCGUCGAGGCUGCUACACCCGGUGAAGCUAAGAAGAAACGCAAAGGUAAACGCAGAGGAAAAGGAAAAGGCAAAGGCAAAGGUAAAGGUGAUGCCAAGAAUGCCAAUGACCAAAAUACUACGCACUUCGACGAUCGACAAUUCGGUUCUGAUCUCGCUCAAAUUCCUAGCGAUUCUGAGCAGGACCCUCUCAAAGACCAGAGCGAUAGGAUCAUGAGUGAGGCAGAAAUCAAACAAGCAAUACUGGACGCCCUAACCGUUCCGGUCUUUCCAAAGGCUCCACCGGAAUCUAUGGUCACUGACGAGAAAGCUUAUAAGUUGGCCAAGGAAGGAGAAUACUUUACUUUGUCGCAUGCACUAUUCAGUGUGGUUCCCAAGGAAGUGUAUGACCGAAUUUGGAAGGAUGAAUACGAACGUCCACAAAUCAGCUUGUCCACCAAGACACCUAAAUGGAUUCGUCCUCUCGAUCCUACAAUUAAACACCCAGCCAAGCCGGAAACCAAUUCUACUGAGUUGAUCAAGGUUUUAUGCGAAAUUGAGAAGUUAUUGAUUUCUGUCUGGGUUGGAGUUGAGUCAAUUGUUGUUGUAUUGUAUUCUGAGCUUGAUGACAAAUUCACCUCACGCGAUCUCGACGAGUAUUUCCGUGUCUACCAAGUGCAGAUCUACGAUGGAUGGACCGAUCUUCAUGCACACCUCCUUACAUUGGCUGAUUGGAAGGAUCGAUAUUUUGCAAUUGCCAAUAUCAAGAAGCGAGCUGCUCGUCCCAACGCUGAUCCAUACGCUCGUCUUUUUACAAUCAAGAACCCAUCUGAUCUACUCUUCUACGGAAACAUGGAAUAUCUCAAAGCUAUGAAAGCUGCAAUGAAAGCUGCUGAAGACGCAAAUGAUUGUGUGAUGAUGAAAGGCCCCAAAUGGAAACAUAUGAUCGGAAUGAACAAAACUGUUAUGGGCGAGGAAUUUAGCAAGUGCCUUGACGGAUUGAGGAAGUUCAAUUCAUAUGUCAGAAAAAGAGACUGGGAUGUUCCGGGAGCGCAUGAGGAUGACGCACUUCCUCCUAUGAUCGCUUCGAAGCUAGCUACCAAGAAUGCGUCCAAGCAAGUCUCAUCUAAGGGAAAGGAAGUUGCUGUUGAAGAUGUUGUCCAAGAAAACUCUGGUGAUCUGAGUGAUGGCGAUCCACCAGGAUGUUACGAGGCCUCAUCGAAGUACAAGGGAAAGCAAAUUGUUGUUGAGGAUGAUACCGAAGAGACAUCUAGCGAUGUAAGCGACGGCGAUCCACCCUACUACGAGGAAGACGACGACGAAGACAACGAUUACGUCGAGGCUCGUUCUCACCGCCGUCGCAGUGGCCCCAAGCUCUCAGUACAACCACCCACUCCUACUAACAGACGUGCUUCCGGUGACAUCCCCUAUUCGUCUUCUCGCCGCAUUUCAUCAGGCAACGAGAUGAAACUCGACAAUGGAAACAGGGCUUCAUCUACUAACCAUUCUUCCCGUCAUCUUUUACCCAAGGACGGCAUUAAACCGAAUAACGAACGUGGAGCUUCAUCCGGCAGUAAUGCAAUGAAAUCGAGCUAUGAAUUUACUAGAGGUCAUCCUAUUCACCGAGCCGGUUCCAUCGUAACUCCGACUUCUGUGAAGACUGUCAAAAAAGGAGCAAAGCGACUUAUGGUUGAGGUCGGUCCGAGCUCGAGCCCCAAUGAUCCCGAGGAUUAUUUCGAGACACCCUAG